CCUUAGACAACCCUAGUUGCUCGUUAGAAUGGCAUCAAACAUGAAGACUCUGUUUAUUGCCAUUUCCUAUCUGCUCUUUUCAAAUGCUAUAUUACUUGGUGUUAGUGGUGAUGCACCGUGUGGCAACACAUCCAUAUUCAGCGUCGCCUGGGGCUUGACGUCAUGCGUGGAUGCGGCAAAGAACCCAUCGGUUAAGCCGCCGCGGUCCUGUUGUACCAAAACUGCAGACAUUUUUUCUAGGACCUCUGCUAGUUGUAUUUGUUCUGUUUUCUUGUCACCCCUUGCCAAGCAAGUCGGGAUAAAACCGGCCGUGGCCAUAACCAUCCCUAAGCGUUGUGGCCUCAAGAAGCGACCGGUUGGAUACAAAUGUGGACGAUACGUGCUGCCCUAAGAUGCCCUAGCCGAGAAAGGGAAUUGCUAGUAGCAGUCAACAAUGUUCAUGCGAGCCUAUGUAAUAAUAAACAAAGACUGUAUACAAUGUAAUAAUUUGGAUUAAUCGAUA